AUGUACAAUUGUGGUAUUACACACAGCAGUCUGCUUAUGGCGAGGCAGCGUCUCGCACCAAUCAGUAAGACUGCAAAGAUCGUAACAAUCCCAAGAAUAGAAUUAUUGGCCCUCCUUAUCGGAGUCUGUUUAACAAAUUUUGGGAUACACGAGAUGCACUUGCCCAUAAAAGACGUUCAUAUAUUUAGUGAUUCACAGGUCGUUCUCAAUUGGGUUCAAUCAAGCACUAAGCACGGAACCUUCGUCAACAAUCGAGAGAUGAAUCCUGCUGAUUGUGCCACAGAAGGUCAAACGAAAGAUCAACUCAAAGCACACAUGUGGUAG